AUGUUUCCCAAAGCCGAGUGCAUAACCUGGGUUACUGUCCUUUUUGCAGCUUCGUUUGCCACUGUAACUCUCAAUGCCAUCACAAUUUUUAUCUUCAUAAAACAUCGCAAUCUUCGUAACCGUAGUGCCUACCUGAUCAUAAAUCUGGCUGUUGCUGAUAUGUUAGUGGGAGGUUUUAGUACAUUUGAUCUAUCUUACUUUUAUGGACAGAUUUGUAGAAUUUGGAAGUUUAAUUCAUAUAGAUUUUCUGACUUUAGAUCAGCUGCUGUCUUUAUUUUCCUUGUCUGUUCCUUAACAAAUAUUACUGUAAUUUCUUUGGAACGGUUACACGCAACAUACUGGCCAUUCAGACAUCGCGUUUUAAAGAGGUGGAUUUACAAAGCAUUGAUUGCUGUCACUUGGAUUAUAGCUGGGGCCAUCUCAUUGGCUUAUAUGGCUCUUAGAGAAUUAAGGGCAUCGUCAAAGUAUCUUUAUUUAUGGAAUUCGUUUAAUGCCUUCUGCUUGACGGUAAUCUGUAUCUGUUACGCCUCAAUUUAUGUCAAAGUUCGUCACGGUGCGCAGGGUCUGCAUCAUAACGCUGCCACGAGAGAAAGAAAACUGACAGCGACAUUGUUCAUUGUAACAUUUCUUUCUCUUUCGUUGUGGCUUCCUUACUUUGUAACCUGGGUUGUAAUGGAAGCCUCUGACUAUUUGGUAACGCCACCUUUUCGUUUAUUUUACUUUUUCAUUUUUUUAUUUCACGCGAACUCUCUCAUUAACCCCAUAUUAUACCUUAUCAAAAUAUCAGGCUAUGGGAGAGCUUUCAUUGCCCUAUUUAGAAUACGUUGUCAACAGCAAAGACGAGGUCACGUUUUUCCUAUUAAUGACAUAUGAUAUGGAAAUUAUUGAGUUCAAUUGAGGCUUAGCAAUUCAUGAAAAAUUAUUGAAAAGGCCUGACUUUUGCAUCGAAAGGGAAGAUGGAGGGAGCAUGCCUUUAACUUUAAUCGAACUAGAUUAUUUGCCCAUCUUCUAGGUUUCUGGGCAAAAUGUGUCUUUACUUGAAGCUGUGAAGCGUUUUAUGGUAGAGCUGUUUAUAUUUCUCAAAGAUCUAAGAAUUCAGUUCUGCAGGCAGUAAUUUCUAUAGAACUACGUAAGUUGGUCAAAUAGGUUUUACCAUAAUUGAAGUUUUCACCACAAAUUAGAAAACUGUAAGUCAUUUGAUUUUGACCUUCUGUAACACGCAUAUGAACUUUUUCAUUGGGUAUUGAUAACAGUUUCAGUGUGAUUGCGUUGUAAUAACGUGUACGAGAUUUUCCUACACGCCAGCUUCUUUAUUCUGAUAUUGUUUGUAUAAUAAUAUACUCAAUGUCGUUGGAAGAUAUUGUUUUACUCUGUCACAUGUACAUUCCAGUGUAAAUUAAUAAACAUAUUCUCUGUGGUUAGGAAGUACAUCGCACACUUAUUAUCUCGAUCACAAUCUAAUUUUUCCAGGGAGGCUUCCUUAAUUUUAGUAUUAUUAUUUUAGUACUCAUCAUCAUCAUCAUUAUCAUUAUAAUUAUCACAUGUAUAAAUAUUAUAAUUUUGUCGCCUUUAUUUCAUUAUUCCAAAUAACCGAAAAUUGCCAAACAAACAAACUAAAAAAAUUUAAGUAAAAACGUCGUUUUGGGGAUAAGUGGUUGCGUAAUAAUACACAUUCAAAACUUUCAGCAUACUCAUUGGGCGAGAACAAGUCAAUUAAUCCCACACAGGGUAGAAAUUUAAAAUCGAGUGAAAUGUUUGAAAUUGAUUAACAGGAAAUACGCGAGAGCACGACAAAACAAAAUAGCGGAAAGGUGAGGGGGGAGUUACAUGUUUUAGUUCAGUGUUUAAGGGAGAAUGCUAAAACAUAACCACCCAACAGGUCUGGAAGACUCGAGCUUUCAAAAGCGGCUAUGAAAGUGUGAAUCGGAAGCUCCUGAAUAAAAUAUUGGAGGAGUUUUACGCAACAGUUCUUAUGAAUCUGAAAGACAGGGAAGUUUACGAGUGGGAUAGCAUUCGCGUAAUGGUUGCUGCUAACCGAUGGCUAACAGAGAAAGAGUAAAAGCGUUCGAUUAUUCUUUGUAGAUAGUGUUAAAGCUUGAAGCAAGUUCUAGAGGGAAAUGCCCGACUACUCCGGCAACAAGGCAAAGGCAGGCGGCCGAGCCAGUAAGCCACGUCACGAAAUAAAAACAAUUGAAGAAGAAAACAGAGUCAUGAUUUUACUUGUAUAUUAUCAACUAGUAAUCACAUAAAUUUUCUGGUGCAAUUUGGGAUAAAUCAGCACUCGUAAAUCUCUCACAGACUAAAAAUUGCACUUGUCCUACAGGCUUGUGCAAAUGGUUAACGUCUGAAAAUUUUGCUCGUGCUGAUCUAUUCAAAAUUGCUCUCGAAAUCAUGUGAUUACCUGACUAUGCAAAUGGCAUUGAAAAGGUGUAAUUUCAAUGUUUUUGUUACUGCACUGAAACGCAGCUCUAAUGGAAAAAUGUAAUUAAAUUUCCACAGGGUUACUUCUAUGUACAUGUGCCCAUCCCUUUGGAAAGGUGUAAUUUCAAUGAUUUUGUUAUUACACUGAAACACAGCUCUAAUGGAAAAAUGUAAUUAAAUUUCCUCAGGGUUACUUCUAUGUACAUGUGCCCAUCCCUUUGAAAUGACAAUUCUCUCAGGGAGUAAUGCUAAAUUCGCAGCAGACACGUGCAAGAAUACUAAUCCAAACCGAAUGAAAAGUGUUAUUAUGCUUUAAACCAUAAAUAAAACACUUGCAUCAAUACAGAUGUUUUUAAAACUCUAAUAACGCUCUUAGCACUAGGGACUGCUUGACUAGUUUGCCGGUGUAAAUUGAUAUAUGUGUCGUUAAGCAAUUUGCCUCAUGUGGACAGAGUCACUGUACUAUUAUUAUUUAAUGAAUGAAAGUCGAAAUCCUCGUAGGAUUAGCUUUUGCUUUCAAGGUAAAUUGCCAAAGGCGUUUUGAAUUCCUCCAACUUAGGUAAGAUCACAAAUUACUAAAACUCAGCAAAUCUUAAAAUCAACGUUCGCAAUUACUUAGAAAAAACUCACUUCAGCGCUUUUCUUUUUGUGUGAUUGAAAGUCGCCUUUUAUACUAUUUAACCAUAUUUUAACAACCUUUGUAUGCUUUUUCUCUGCAGUGGGCUUCGAGAUUUUACAAAGAAUUCGAAUUUGAAGGUCUUCUUCAUUCGUUCACGUAAGUUGAACAUUCCUGAAUGUUCUUAUUUUAUUACGAGCAGGUCAAAUCUUGCGAGUCAUAUUAGAAUCACUUUACAGGUAACCUACCAUUUGUGGCCCUACAACUUGUGACCAUUUAAAUGCUCUAUCAAACUAGUUGCGUCACAUGAUUCCAAAUUAUAGAGACGAAUUACCGAUAUGGAUCAUAUCAGGAUAGUAACCAUUUCCUUGUUCUUUAUCAUUAUUAUCAUUGUUAUCAUUUAUUAUCGUUUCUUGUAUCAGUGCCUUCACUAAUGUAAGAUCUAAGCUCUUGCCGAUUAUUUUUCGUGUAAUUCGCAUUUAUUUAUUUCGUUCUCUAUUUUUUCAAACCUCCUCGUUAGUGUUUUUUGUUAAGUUAUUAGCGUUUUUCCUCUUUAGUUACACCUUCUCGCUCGUUUCACAUACCGCACGUUAUUUCGCAGUCCUCUUGUAUUUAAAGCCAGUUUCUUUUCCGCAUAAUGGCUUUUCAAGUCAGUUUACCUAAAGUCGCACUUGGCGCAGAUCUCUGUUUUAGAAGUCGGUUUGCAGUUACAUAUUAGACUAUUAUAUUACAUAUUAUCAAUUUAAGUAUUUUCCGUUUCGCUUCGUUUGUAUUCUUUUUUUUUGUAGUUUGUUAACCUAAGUUAACUUAGCUCUUACUUAUGUUUUUAGUUUCAACUUACCACAAAUGUUCCUCUCUAAAAUAAAGUAUUUCGAGUUGGAAUUAAAAAGUUUUUGCUAUUGCAAUUGAUAUCAUCAUGGUCAUUACUGAUUUCCAUUACUGUAAUCAUGAAAGUUGUUCUUAAUUCAAUUUAAAUUUAUAGUUAAACUACAUGAAUUGUAAGGUUUUUCUGAUGUAUCUUUUGCUGCAUCUGGGUUCUUAGAACACAUAACUGGUGGAUGAAGGAGACAAACUCAAUUUUGUCUGUAGAUAAUUUAAUAAACAACAAGAGAAAGAUAAAAUAAUUGAUUCUCUUCUACCAGGAUCAAUAAAAAAAUUGACUCAUUAAAAACGACAUAAGAUUCUCUUCUACCGUGAUUGAUUAAGCAGAAGUGGAGAAGGAAAGGAACUACCUUAGUUCAAGAUGUUUCCCAAACCAGAGUGCCUAACCUGGCUCACGAUAUAUUUUACACUUUCGUUUACCACAGCAGCCUUUAAUGCCAUCACAAUUGUUGUCUUUAUAAAACAUCGUAAUCUUCGCAACCGUAGUGCCUACCUGAUCAUAAAUCUGGCUGUUGCUGAUAUGUUAGUGGGAGGUUUUAGUAUAAUUGAUCUAUCUUACUCUUAUGGACAGAUUUGCAAUAUAAAGUCUGAUUCAGGAAGAAUUAUUUAUCUGCGAAUAGCAAUUGCAUUUCUUUUUCUUGUUUGCUCGUUAGCAAAUGUUACUGCAAUUUCUUUAGAGCACGUGCAUGCAACAUUUUGGCCAUUUAAACAUCGCGUUAUAAAGAAG